CUCUACUGCUUCUGUCUGUCACAUCCAACAUGGCGGCCUCCGCAGCUUCACGUGAGCUCUUCACGGAGGGAGUGAGAGCGGUUCUUCAUACCUGGCCCGUUCUACAGAUUGCUGUAGAUAACGGGUUUGGGGGCGUGUAUGGGCAGCAGAAAGCAGAUUGGAUGGUGGAUGUUGUUCAGCAGUAUUUCCACGACAAUGCUGACCUGCAGCAGUGUGAGGUUGAGGACUUCAUCGCUGACCUGAUGGAUCAGGAGUUUGACACAGUGGUGGAUGAUGGGAGUUUACCUCAGGUGUCCAUCAAUCUGCUGCAGAUGUUCACUCAGUGGCAGCAGGGGGCAUUGCAGCAGCUCCAACACAGCAUCGACAGUUUAACACAGAAGAAGAGUCAGAGAGUGAAGGUGACAGCUCCACCGACACAGUCUGAUGAAGAGAGCGAUGAUGAAACACAGGAGAUGGAGUGUGAAUCCUCCAGUUCAUCAGUCAGCAGGACAGAUCCUCCACCUCCUCCUCCUCCUACUCAGGAUGAAGAGGAUGGCUGGACGGUGGUGAGGAAGAAGAAGUGAAGAGGAGGAUGAAGAGUACUAUGAACUGUUGAACUCAGAGACUGAAGCAGCUGACCUCUGACCUUCAGGAUGAGAGUGUGUGACCCACUGAAGCAGAUCUACGUCAGUCUCAGAUCCUGCCGGGUCAAGCCAGUCGAAUGUGUCUGAUCUGAACCUGAUGUUUGGACCAUGUAAACCUGCAGACACAAAGUCUUUAGACCAGAGUCACUCUGGUUUUUUUUAUAUUAAACCUGUUCUACACACUG